UGCAGCGCAAGUGUUCAUUCCGGGAAGGAAAGUGAAAGCAGCCAAAUGCUGUGAUAUGAAAUCCAGCAUUGAACCCCAGCCGCCGGCUUCUCCUGAGGAUGCUUCCCUUUGGGGUCUUCCUUGCAGACGUCCUUCUCCUUUCCUUCCAGCAAGUUGUAGUUGAAGGAUUCCUGCCUCCGCCACGGAACGUCAACCUUGCGUCGAAGGACUUCAGCCUGUUCCUGACGUGGCUUCCAGAUGAACGUUACCCGCCCGGAGUGUCCUAUAGAGUUCAAUGGAAAAGCCCAUUUGUCAUUCCGUGGAGAGAUGUCCCUUAUUGCCGAGACAUCUCCGAAACCAUUUGCAACAUCACGUGUGUCUCUCCAGACCUGAAUAACAGAUACUGGGUCCAGGUCAGAGCUCAGGUGAGGGAUGGCACCAGAAUCCUCUCAUCGGAUGAAGAGAGGAAAGACGUGGAUUACGAAGUCGAAGUGGACGUUGCUCCUCCAGUCCUCCAGUUAAGACAAACUAAGGGCAUCCUUGGCGUGAACGUGACUUUCACCUACCCUUCUUGCGCGAAGGAAAUAUUUCAACAUGACCUGAGCUAUGAAUUGAAAAUUUGGGCCAAACACGGGACAGAGAAACCGAGAGAAUUCACAGGCCUGACGGAGAACGCGAUUGACAUUGACGUCAUGGACUGGACCAGUGGCAAUUACUGUGUCCUUGCAAGGGCUUAUUUUAGCAAAACCAAGAAAUGGACUAACUUCUCUGAGCCGAUUUGCACAUUGCUACACGAUAACAGUACUUCCCUGCAAGGAGCCGAAAAAUGGGGAUUUGUCGCCUUCCCGUUCCUCAUCCUGUUUUCUGCUGGUCCUGUUUCUCUCUUCCUGUGGUACAAAAACAUCAUGAAGAAAAUUGAGACGCCCCAGGCUUUGGAUUUUUCCAGGUUUGGAAGUACAAAGAAGUUGCUGGAAUUUAGUGGAAGUGAAUUGAUUCCAGUGCACAGCCUCACAUGCUCAGAGAAGCCCUUGAUCUCUGGCUGGCGGAUCAGACCUGGUCUCCAAGUAUCUCCGUCCCUGCAUUCAAUGUCGGAAGAAGACGACGACAAGGAGGACGAAGAGGAGGACGACAGCCCCAUUCUGUACACCAAAAGGCUCAAGGCCCAAAACAAAGAAAGGAGCGGUCAAAAUGUUGCCGUGGUCCAGAAAGCGCUUGGUUCCUCAUCUGGAAAGUCCGACUUUAGUGGAGAGAGCCGCUUAUCCGAUGGAACGAGUGGAGACAAUAAUACCUCUGGCUUCUCUGAAAAUUCAUCCACGGAUAGUUCCCUUGGUUCUCCAAUUGCUCACAUUGCUUCCACGAAAGAUGGACAAGAAAGUGGAGAUAUAGACUUUUUAUUCCGUUGGCCUUUACUUAUGAAAGAACCCAAGUUUUCUGGGUUGCAAUUUGGAGACACAAAAGACCAUCCGGAGCUCACUCUGGAUGAGAUCCGAAACAAUCUGGACUCUAUCAAUUCUGUCAAGGAUUUCAACAAUUGUGAUGAACUCUUGAUAGAAACACCUCUGUUGGAAGCUCCUUGUUGUCAGGAUGACUUAGAAAACAGAAACGGAGACGUAGAUGUUACAGUGUUGUCCAGUCCCAAGUUCCGUACUUAUCGGCCCAAGCUCGUUCCUUAUAUUUCGAGAACCUGACUUGCAGUAUUUUUGGUCUCCUAACAAGUGAGAGUAAAAUGUUCCAUAGACAACUUACUCUCACCAAGACCACAUUUCGCACUAAAUCGCACUAAAAGGUCGACAUUUUUACAUAAGCCAAAAAAAGGGAUACAGUGUAAACAUCUGCACCCUUCAAACAGUGUUAAUAGUUCAGAGUUUUUUGUAGUUGUUUCUAUAUAUGUUUUUAUUCGUAGCACAAAGGAAGGGCAGCCCAAUUCAGGGUCCUGUUGCCCCUUGCACAGCUGGCUUUAUGGGAAUCAAUAGUGAUGGAUUGAUGCCAGAGAUGAUGGGUGUUUGAGUCUAUUGUUGGCAGGAUGACCAGAAAAACAUUGGAGGGAAUUCCAGGGUCAAGAAGUGCCGGUGAAAAUUUACCUGAGUCUUGAUCGGUGACCUGCCAAAGUGGUACCUAUUUAUCGACUCACAUUGCUGUUUUUUGAACUGCUAGGUAAGCAGAAGCUGGGGCUGACGGCAGGAGCUCAUCCCAACCAACGGCUUGAACUGCUCUUUUAUGUUUACAUAAAACAUAAAACACAAUGUUGUCAAAGGCUUUUAUUACCGGAAUCACUGGGUUGCUGUGAGUUGCUGUGAGUUUUCCCGGGCUGUAUUGCCAUGAUCCAGAAGCAUUCUCUCCUGACUUUUCACCCACAUCUGUGGCAGGCAUCCUCAGAGAUUGUGAGGUCUGUUGGAAACUAGGCAAGUGGGGUUUAUAUAUCAGUGGAAUGUGCAGAGUGGGAGAAUGAAUAUUUGUAUACUUAUAUUACAUGUAAUAUUACAGUAGAGUCUCACUUAUCCAACGUUCUGGAUUAUCCAAAACAUUGACUACAAAAAUGCAUUGGAUAAUCCAGAACGUUGGAUAAGUGAGAUUCUACUGUAAUAUUACAUGUAAUAUAAGUACAGUAGAGUCUCACUUAUCCAACAUUCGCUUAUCCAACGUUCUGGAUUAUCCAAGAAAUUUUUGUAGUCAAUGUUUUCAAUAUAUCAUGAUAUUUUGUUGCUAAAUUCGUAAAUACAGUAAUUACUAUAUAGGAUUAUUGUGUAAUGAACUACAGUAGAGUCUCACUUAUCCAACAUAAACGGGCCGGCAGAAUGUUGGAUAAGCAAAUAUGUUGGAUAAUAAGGAGGCAUUAAGGAAAAGCCUAUUAAACAUCAAAUUAGGUUAUGAUUUUACAAAUGAAGCACCAAAACAUCACGUUAUACAACAAAUUUGACAGAAAAAGUAGUUCAGUACGCAGCAAUGCUGCAUAGUAAUUGCUGUAUUUACGAAUUUAGCACCAAAAUAUCACGAUAUAUUGAAAAUAUUGACUACAAAAAUGCGUUGGAUAAUCCAGAACGUUG